AUGGGUUAUCCGUACGUAAACAAAGGCCCUGUCGAGAGCUCUGUGGGAUCAGACACCGGAAAAAUGAAAAACAAAAGCGUCGUCAUCACAGGAGCAGGAAGCAGCGGUCUCGGCGCCGCCUAUGUAAAGGCGUUUUUAAAUGCUGGCGCGUUCGUAACGAACGCAGACAUCAACCCGAGCAACGAGCAUCAAGAAAAUCCAAAUUAUCAAUUUUACAAAUGCGACGUAACGGUCUGGAAAGACCAAGUAGAGGUUUUCAAGGGCGCUAUAGCCAACUCUCCGGAGAACAGUCUCGACGUCGUCAUCGCCAACGCCGGAAUAGGCGGGCAUGACUCGAUCUUCCAGCUCGAAGACGGCGACGAGCCCUCGGAGCCGCAGUUGCGGACCGUCAAGGUCAAUUAUAUUGGCGUCAUUUACACGGCAAAACUGGCGAUGCACUAUUUCAACAAGCAAGACCCGUCACGCGACCGGUGCUUGAUCCUGAAAGGCAGUCUCGCCUCGUACCUUGACCUCCCUGGCGGGCCGGAGUACCAAAGCUCCAAGUUCGGCGUCAGGGGACUGAUGUGUUGUCUUCGCACAUCCGGUCGUAUGCGCAUCAACCUCCUUGCUCCCUGGUGGGCCAGGACUGGAAUCAUGCCAGACGAGUUCGCGCGGCACAUCGACGACAUGCUGAGAAGAAUCGGGUCGCAAUGGAUCGACCUCGACGACGCGGGACGGUGCGCCCUUCGCAUCGCCACAGAUGAGUCAAUCCACGGGCGAGGAUUUGUGAUCUGUUCGCGAGAAAUGGAUCCCAACGGCUACGCCGACAUGAACGCCGAUGACUACGAUCAUCGAGACGACGCAAAGUGGCUAAAGCACAUCAUGCAAAUCAGCAAAAGGGGCAUGGAACCGGUCGAUACGAGUGCCAACUGAUCAGAACCGUCGUCAGAGCUUCUGGCCAGUGUCGAGUUGUACUUUGGAAAAUCAUUCGUGCGAAUGAAGAAAAU